AUUCGUUUGUUUUAGAAACAAAAAAAUGAAGUGGUGAGUUUUAUCCGGAAUUCAUCGCUGCGCCUGGAUUAGUUUGCUCGCUCUGGUUUGCAGUAACUUGACGGCGUGUAGCUGUGACAGGUCCGCUUUAGUCAGCGCUAUUAUCCGGUCAACCUGCUCCGGAGCUCCAGCUUUUUACGGUGUUAACAUUUCCCCGGAGGUCUGGUUUAUAAAUUGUACUACUAUACUGUUUGCAACAGCUCCAUUUCAACAUUUUGUCCCGUCGUUAUGUAUAAGGUUAUGCGUGACAGAAUGCAUUGGAUUUUUUUUUUUAAUUCAUCUUAAUUCCAUAAAAUCGGGGUGCAGAAGAGUAAAGUUGCAGACGUGGUGUAGAAUUUGGGCCAAUCAGUUGUAGCGCGAGAAGCGGCGUGCUAUAAAUUCUCCACUGUUCCAGAGGUUCUGCGGCCAACCGAGAGGGUGAAUGCAAAGAUUCCCGUGACGUGUAAAGUUAACGCUGGCGCGGUGAGCCCCUUGUCGCAUUGGAGGCGCAUGUGAGACCAUUCCUCUUAAUGGCCGUUGGCUGGCACCAUGUCCCAUGUGGAAGUCUGUCCCGACGCGAACGGGAACCCGCCUCCGCCCGAGGUGGCCAACCCGAAGCGACCAGGACGCACCACCAACCAGCUGCAGUACCUGGAGAAGACGGUGGUCAAAACCCUGUGGCGCCACCAGUUCUCAUGGCCCUUCCGCCAGCCCGUCGAUGCCGUAGCGCUGCGUCUCCCCGAUUAUUACACAAUUAUCAAGAAUCCAAUGGAUAUGGGCACCAUUAAGAGGCGACUCCAGAACAAAUAUUACUGGAAAGCAAUGGAAUGCGUACAAGACUUUAACACCAUGUUCACCAACUGCUAUGUGUACAACAAGCCCGGAGAUGACAUCGUUUUCAUGGCCCAGACGCUGGAGAAGCUUUUUCUGCUUGAAGUCGCUAAAAUGCCCACAGACGAAUGUGAAGUCCUGCAAGUCGCUGCAAAGGAAGAAGCCAAAGGAAAGAAGAGCAAUGGGGGUUCAUUGAAGCCGAGACCCGUGAUGGCCGAAGCGGUCUUUCAGCAGACGGCGUCCGUCGUUCCGCCAGAUGCUCCUCGCCCGGUGUCACCUGUCAGGAUUGCACCUCAGAUGGACGAAAGCAUCAAAAAAGCACUCAAGAGAAAAAUGGAACCUGUCCCCUCAGCAGUCACGAGCAGCGUCAGCGAGGCGCCGGCGUCGUGCGCGCCGCCUGCGAGGACCGGCAGCGGACGCCCCAUCAAGGUGCCAAAGAAAGAUCUCAGUCACGUGGAGGACAUGCGCGCCAAACUGCCCGAGCCCCUGCGGCACUGCGACGCCAUCUUGAAGGAGAUGUUCUCCAAGAGGCACUACGCCUACGCGUGGCCCUUCUACACACCCGUGGACACCGUGGCCCUGGCGUUGCACGACUACCACGACAUCAUCAAGCAACCCAUGGACCUGGGCACCAUCAAGAAAAAAAUGGAGCAACGAGAAUACGCAUUUGCUAAGGAGUUUGCCGCUGACGUCAGGCUGAUGUUCUCCAAUUGCUACAAGUACAACCCUCCUGCACACGAGGUCGUCUACAUGGCCCGGAAGCUGCAGGAGGUUUUCGAGGCGCGCUACGCUAAGGUUCCGCAGGAACCGGCGGAAAGAUGCGUGCCGGCGCAUCAUUGGCUGGAUAAGCUUCAAGGCGACUGCGUGGGAAACCUGCCCGCCGCUUACUCUGCCUCCGGGAAUGAGAGUGAGAGCUCUUCCGGCACAGAGAGUUCGUCGCAGGAGGUCGCCACGCAACUGGCUAACUUGGAGGAGAAGUUGAAAGCGGUGAGUGCCCAGCUGAGGAGACUCACUCAGGACCCCUUGAUGAAACCCAAAAAAAAGGACAAGCUGAAGAAGGAGAGGAGGGCCAAAGAAAAGGACAUCACUCGACUCAAGCACAAAUCGUCCAAAUAUCAAUCUAUCAUGGAGAAAAACAGCAAGACUUCUACUUUUCACGGCAACCGGAGCGCGGCUUUUUACGGUGUCGGGGGGGGAAUGGAGACUCGUGUGGAAGCCGCACGUUGUGGCAAGUUGAAGGAUGCCGGGAGAUGCAAGGUGCUCGCUAAACGGCUGCCGGAUGUGAAGAAGAAAAAGAAAAAGGCAGCAGGCAAACAAGCUGAGUCUCCUGAUUUCAUCUGCCCGUCAGCGCUCAACAGCAGCAGCAGCUUCUCAUCACCUUCCUGUAGCAGCAGCAGCAGCUCGCCAUCCUCGGACAGCGGUCACUCGUCUUCUGUGGAAAAGCUCCAGAAGAGCGCUAAAGGCCCAUGUAAAAAGCUGACUGCAAAGGCUGCCACUGUCAACCUGACCCACAGGGGGCGCUCUGCUAACACACAGCCUCCUCCUCCGCCUGCUGCUUCCAAGCAAACAAAAACCAAAUGCCUUUGGGCGAGCGAUGGUGGGAAGACGCUGCCCCCGCCAGACUUGUCCCCCAUGGCGUCCCCUGAAACUAUACUGGUCUGGGCCACAUCUGGAUUUGAGGUAACACUGGCCCCCAUCCUAUCACCGCUGGGGAAGAGCCCGUCGCCUGCCAGAGACGUCAUUACAACUGCUUCCAGAUGCCCUGAAGAUGUUCCUGACAGUCAAGUGGCAGACGUGUCAUCGUCCUCCAAUUCUCCCAUCAAAUCAAGCCUGCAGGGAAAAAACCCUAAAAGCGACAUAGUUCUGAAAAACGCCGAGUCAUGGGCCCGACUGGUGAAGCAGUCAGCCGCCAUCCCGACCGCCAUCAAGUCGUCCAAAGAGAGCUUCCAGCAGUUCCGGAAGGCUGCCAUGGAGAAGGAGGAGCGACAGAAGGCACUGAAGCAGAAGCAGUUGGAGGUUCCAGAAAAGAGCUGCGUCCUUUCGGAAGAGAUGACGCCACAAGUCCCCAGCGGUGGCGAGCAGCCGACGUCACCCGUGGAGACCUGGCUAGGGAGUGCCCAGUCCCCGAUGAGUCGAGCGCGGGAGCUGGCGAGAAAGAAGGAACAGGAGCGUCGUAGGCGGGAGACGAUGUCAUGCAUCGACAUGACCAUGCAACAGGACAUCAUGACCACUUUUGAACUCAACCUGGACUAAAAAGCAAAACCACUGGGACUGACUUUAAAAAAAAAAAAAAAAAAAAAGUGCCUUGAGUCUCCUCGGGUGAAUACUGAUGCACGCACACACGCCAAAGCUUUGACUUUGGGAACGUUCGCACUGCUACACUUUGGUUCAUUCUGUGCCCAUUUUCACGUCUGGGUAGGGUCCCAGCACGUGCGCUGUUUGUUGUCUUCGUAGCACCUUUUCGCUGUUUGUGUUUGUUUAAAAAAAAAAAAAAAAAAACGCACGGAUGGAAGUUAUGUGCAUUCUGAGUUUGAAUUUAAAUUUCAAACCCAGAUAUUUUUUUUCCAAUCCAAAAGUUCUGAUUGAAUGAUUAGAAAAAAAAAAAAAAAUCAGAAGUGUGACUACAUUUUAGAAAUUCCAAUUCAAACUCCGGUGGCGUCGAUAUAGGGCCACGCGUACGUUUGCAUGCACCUUUUUGACAUUUUGUUUACAAAGAACACGAUUUGGCGAGCAUGCUUUCCUCAUUCACUGCGUUCUCUUCUUGUUGUUUGACACGUCCUGCACUUUGUUGGCCAUACAGUCGUUUGCCUCUUCUGUAUGUUGCGCCUGGAAUACGUUCAAACGAGAAGAGGCUUGUUUGUGUUGUUUGUUUUUUUCUUAAUUCCUGAAAAUAAUAAAAAAUAUUUUCACUAA